AUUAUCGCCAACUUCACACCUCCACGGAGGGUGAUAACGACACCAUAACCAUGACCAUGGCGUAUCUCCCCGAGUACGAGCAGGACGAAACCCUCGCCACGACGCCCGGCUCCCAGCACGCCCACACACAUGGCCACGCGCUCGAGCCCGCCACCACGCCGUUCGCCGGCCGCAUCGGCGGCAACCAGGACUUCGUGCUCGACCGCAGCGACCCCAAGAACAUCGACGUCCUGCACCGCGUGCCCGAUGCCGCCCCUUGCAUGACCCUGCCCGAGAUCUUCGACCUGCGCGGUUUCCUCGCCCCCGAGCUGUGGAAGUUCGCCAUGCUCGAAUGUGUCGCAAGCAUGCUAAACACCUUCCUCUCGGUGUGGGUCACAACCCACCCAAUGGCCAAAAGCACCGCACCCACAAGCGCCUCAGGCGUCUACAGCACGAUAACCUUCUUCUCGCCGACCUUCGGCGGCCUCACCAACCUGCUGCUCACGCCCCUCCUAAUCUACACCUUCUCCCCCAGCUCAGGAGGCCACAUCAAUCCGCUGAUAACCCUCGCCACGCUCUUCGCGCGCAUCAUCUCGUUCCCCCGCGCGGUGCUGUACAUCCUCGCCCAGACGCUGGGCGGCGCCCUCGCCGGCUUCGCUCUGCACGCCGCCUACGGCGACCGGAAUAUCACGGUCGGCGGCUGCUACAUCGACACGGCGCUGGUGCCCGUGUCCAGCGGGCUAGUCGUCGAGUUUUUUUCGUGUCUGAUCGUCGUGUGGCUGUGUUUCGGUGUUGCGCUGGACCCCCGUCAGGCCAAGGUGUUUGGGCCGAGUGUUGCGCCGUGGUUGGUUGGUGUUGUUGUGGGCGUUGUGACCUGGGGUACCGCUUGGACCCGCGUCGGGUAUAUUGGUGCUAGCGUCAAUCCUGCGCGGUGCUUCGGCGCGUAUGUUGCGUCCGAGUUUCCCGGGUAUCAUUGGAUUCAUUGGGUCGGUCCGCUGGCGGCUGCGGUGGCGCAUGGGUUGGUGUAUUUCGUUGAUCCGUUGUGGACGGAUCCCGUUCGGAAUUGA